UCACAAGGAAAACCUUAAUUCAACAGUUUGAAACAAAAGGACCGAAUUAUGGCGGAGAUUCAGUACUGAUUCCUGUGUUGGAAACAUUAUAGAUUCUGUGGAGUCCACAAUCAUCUAAGCAAGCAAACACCUGCUCCAUAGAAAAGUUUCUGGAUUAGUGCGGAAUUAGCACAAAGCCCGGCGCUGCAAAGUAGCCAGCAAGCGAACAAGAGGAGCGAGAAAGCAAGAGCCUGAGAGAGAAAAAGAGAGAGAGAGGGAGAGAGAGAGCGCAAGGACAGUCACACUUCCAGCAGCCCGAGGCCAAGUCCGCAAGAGCGGAGAGGACCUUCAUCCCUCUGCGAGAGGACAGCACUUCAUCACUAUGGAGGAAAAGCAGUUCACAGGCAUUUUGAAUGGAGCAGUGCCAGGGGAGCAAGUAAAGAAGGACGAGAACUCUCGGAGAGGAAACUGGGGAAACCAGAUCGAAUUCGUCCUGACCAGUGUAGGCUAUGCAGUGGGACUGGGCAACGUCUGGAGGUUCCCUUAUCUCUGCUACAGAAAUGGAGGAGGUGCCUUCAUGUUCCCGUACUUCAUCAUGUUGGUGUUUUGUGGCAUCCCGUUGUUCUUCCUGGAGCUCUCAUUUGGCCAGUUCACCUCACUGGGCUGCCUGGGCGUGUGGAAAGUCAGCCCCAUGUUUAAAGGUGUCGGCUAUGGAAUGAUGGUGGUCUCAACCUACAUUGGAAUCUAUUACAAUGUGGUCAUCUGCAUUGCCAUUUACUACUUCUUCAUGUCCAUGACCAACCUACUGCCAUGGACAUACUGCAACAACCCGUGGAACUCCCCUGACUGCAGCGGCGUAGUAAACACACCACGGGCAAACGCCACUAUAGCCAACGUCACCACUAGUGUAGUGUCAGGCCUCACUGAGGUUAUCAACCGCACCAAGAGGACAAGUCCCAGUGAAGAAUACUGGAGGAAUUACGUACUGAAUAUCUCAGAUGGCAUAGGGGACUUUGGCGAGGUGCGCCUCCCUAUCCUGGGCUGCCUGGCUAUCUCCUGGGUGGUGGUGUUCCUUUGUCUCAUCCGUGGGGUGAAGUCCUCAGGCAAGGUGGUGUACUUCACAGCAACUUUCCCUUACGUGGUGCUGACCAUUCUGUUCAUACGAGGAAUCACAUUAGAAGGUGCUGUCAGCGGAAUCAAAUACUACCUCACCCCACAGUGGGAGAAAAUCCUGGAUGCCAAGGUGUGGGGUGAUGCUGCCUCUCAGAUUUUCUACUCUCUGGGUUGUGCCUGGGGUGGUCUCAUCACCAUGGCGUCCUAUAAUAAAUUCCACAACAACUGUUUCAGAGACAGCAUCAUUAUCAGCGUGACGAACUGCGCUACGAGUGUAUACGCUGGCUUUGUCAUUUUCUCCAUUCUGGGCUUCAUGGCGCAGCACCUGGGCGUGGACGUGUCCGAGGUGGCUGAUCAUGGGCCAGGCCUGGCUUUCGUUGCCUACCCAGAAGCCCUGACACUACUGCCUAUUUCACCGCUAUGGUCUCUUCUCUUUUUCUUCAUGCUCAUCCUGUUGGGCCUUGGCACACAGUUCUGUCUCUUGGAGACACUCGUCACAGCCGUAGUGGACGAGAUCGGCACAGACUGGAUUAUCCGAAACAAGACGGUGAUAACGCUUGGAGUUGCCGUCCUCGGAUUUCUCUUGGGAGUGCCACUGACCACCCGGGCGGGAAUAUACUGGCUGCUGCUGAUGGAUAACUACGCUGCCAGUUUCUCACUGGUCAUUAUCUCCUGCAUUAUGUGCAUUUGCAUCAUGUAUGUUUACGGACACAGGAACUACUUUAAGGAUGUAGAGAUGAUGUUGGGCUUCCCUCCUCCAUUGUUCUUCAGGGUUUGCUGGAGGUUCAUCUCUCCCUUCAUCAUCACAUGUAUCCUGAUCUUCACAGUGAUCCAGUAUAAACCCAUCACUUACAACGACUAUGUGUAUCCAGACUGGUCACUUGUCAUCGGCUUCUGUAUGGCCUUGUCCUCCGUGAUCUGCAUUCCUAUUUAUGCUCUUUUCAAAAUUGCCAUGUCUGAUGGAUCCACAUUUUUAGAGCGGUUGAAGAACUCGCUACGGCCGCAUCCUAGCUGGGGUCCAGCACUGCAGGAGCAUCGCAAGGGCCGCUAUGCAACCACUGGGCCUGAAUCUGUGGAGGUACAUCCACUGAAAGAUGAGAUGAAAGAAGAGAGGAAGGAGAAAGAUUCAGAUAAAGAGAAGGAAGAGAUGAGUCUCACCACGAAAGGCAGUAACGGCUCUAUGCGCAACCCAACGCCCAGCGCAUAAUUGCGAGGCCACACAUGCUGAACCUUUAUUUACAUAUUGUAAGGGCAUUAUUGCUUCUAACCUCUAGAGAAAAUUGGUUAUCCUUCGAAACCCCUCUUCUGUUUAAUUUAAUAAUGGUUUUUGUAAGUACAAACAAUGUUCAUAUGCAUUCGCAAGAAGUAUUUUAUGCAUCCCUGCCAUGUGUAUAUAUGUAGUGCAUCGUGGAAUAUAUUGGUUUAACUCCCGUGUAAUAUUGAGAUGUGACUACGGUUGGUGCAGCAGUAGGAUUCAGCUUCUUGUGUGUACAGCAGUGACAGUGCUGAUCAGGUUAAAAGAUGAAGACCAAAUAUCCCAACAGCUUCUAGCAUCAUAAAAUUUUAUUUUCGGGUUUUAUAUUCUGACCCAUUGCAGCACCCCAUUAGGGUUGUAUUUGCUGAUUUAAACAGUUCCAAUUUUUGUAGUAUUAAAGGAUAUUUUGCCUUCAGCUUUUAGAAGUGUCUGAAGAAAACUUUCCUGAUUUAACCACGUUCCAAUUCCAUGAAUUCCCAAACCCAUUCUCAGGGUUGUGCACAGCUUGUGAUUACGCUAACAUUAGAGUUUUAACUUGAGAGAAUUCUUUCACUCUAACCCAGGGGUGCCAAAAUCAGCUGCUGAAGGGUCGCAGUCCCACUAAUAUUAGUUUUUCCUUUUCUAACAGAUCAAAAUCAGCUUGUAAAGCAUUGCUGAUGAGCCGAGGGGUUGAAAGAGGUGUGUUAACUGAGGUCAAAUCGAUACUCAGUGCAGUAUUGUGCCUCUAGAACUGGAGUCUGAAAGUAUUGCUUUAACCAGUCUUCCAUUUGAACCUACAAUGCAAAAGGUGCAUGAAAGGAGCAUUUAAUUGAUGGCGAGUGUGGCAUUGCCAUAGCCUCAGUACUGUAGCUCACACACAUAUAGCCUCUCAUAUGGAAAUAAAAUCACAUGCAGAAACAGGGCUGUCAUGGUAACUGGAAUACUUUAAAACCUGAUAUGUAUCUGAUACAUUUAUUGAUUUUUCUUUUUCGUUUUAUAGCCAUUUAAAUCAAGACUUAUUUUUAAUAUACGUUUGCCUGGGUAAGCAUUAUGAUUCAACACGAACCAGAUUUGAAAUGCAAAAUAAAAAAAGCAAUUUUACCAGUCAAGUCUAGUACAACUGGUGGCUAAAUAGUGGGUUGGGUCAAACUAAUUAAAACUGUAAGCAAGAUGCUUACUAAUAAAUGACAUCACUUUUACUGACCAUCGAAAAGAUUGAUAUUGGGAUACUGCUGAUUUUUCUUUUAGCCGAAACCAUGACGGCCCUACGCACAAACCUUUAUUUUUGGGACGCUGAUGGAGCAUGUAUUGUUUUUAGUGUUUGUGUUUACAUUGUUUUUAUUUCAUUUAGACCUUGCCACAGUGGUCAAGGCAUUGAGAGCUACUGUAAGGUGGUUUUGAAGAGAGAAGGCUGUUGUUCUGAUUACUGACCUUACUGUAUAGUGAUUAUGUAAACUGUUUAUUGUCUAGGAUAGAGGUUUACUAAUUAAUUGUUGUAUAGUAUGAUUGUAACUCAUAGAUGAGAAUAACCUUUUCACUGUCUAUGAAUUAUUUUGAGGUGGAAUUGUCAUUGUUAUAGUGUAUCUGUGUACAGACAAAUGAUGUUCAUACAUUAAUCAGCAUCCUGGGAACACUGAAUAUUGCUAGAUAUUGCAGAAGAAAAGCAGUGGUCUAGCAGUGUAGCUGCUACAAAUGCAUUUUUAAUGCAAUUUAAGAUACUCAUGGGGUUUUGUGUUUUUUUUCUGAACAUUAUGUUACAUGUUCCAUUUGCCAUUUAAGUUUUGCUUUUUUGUUUUCUUGGUAAUGGAAAUAUUUCAUUUAAUGGGAGUAUGAUAGCAGUCUGGAUGUAUAAAACCCAAGGUACAUCUUAAACAGCAACAGCAAUAAAAAUGAAGAAAUUAAAAGGACUCACCAAGAAAGAAAUAAGCACAAGCAAAUGAAAUACAAUGAUGAAAUGCACACAGCACGGCAACGUGCAUCCUGCAGUUUGUAGUCAGCUUGGUUGGGUAUGUGCUGAUUCUCAGUUUUACUUUAUCUUCUGGUAAAACCUUUUUUAUUAUGUGUCUCACAGUACUGCAAAGGUCAAAUAUUAGUGCCAAUUUACUAAUCAUAUAUUUCAUUGCUUGUCCCUAGUUUUUUUUCUGAAACCUGUAGUUAAUUUCAAAUUUAAUCUAUAAAUUAGAGAGAAUAAACUACGUUGUAGACCUACAAAUAAUAUUCUGAUGGUUUCAUACUCGGAAGACGGGGCAAGACAAGCCAAGAUAUAAAAUGGAGUAUCAGCACAUGUCCACUUUCAGCCCAUUUAAAUACCAAUAAUAAUACUUUUGACUAAGCACAACACUGAUUCAUAAAAUUCUAGUCAAAACAUGUUACUUGUAUUACCAGCCUGUGUUGUGCACCUUCCUUUUUAUUAGUAAUUGCAGAUCAUUCAUAAUUAAUAGAUGUGUUUAAGAAUCAAGCUCAUGCCGUUGCACCAUGUACAUGUCUUGUUCUCUCUCACUGCUUCGUUUCCAUUAAUGUACUGAGCAGUAUUGUAAAAUAAUAAGUGGACUGUUGUGCAUGUGGUAUGAUUAUCGGACUGGGAAAACUGGUAGCUAGAGGUUCGUUCUGUAGCAGAAAGAACCUCGAUGUUUUUUAUUUUUGGUUUACUUUUUUUUGUAGCUGGUGAUACUUGUGUACUUUGUUCUGUGUAAUUAGAAUCUAAUAAGUCUAUACUUAGUACAGAGUAAAUGCAGUUUAGCUGUCAUUCUAAUUAUUCUGUAACUGCUGUCAUUUAACAGUCUGCCUUUGUAAGAGAGUCGUUUUUGUCUGUAUUAUUUUCAUAGUACUAAAACUGUAUUACAUUUACACUGUAUUUUUCUAUCUAUAUAAAGUGACACUAGAUGUAUUUUCUCAAGCCGAACUGUCAGAGGUGUUGUUAAACUAAUGCUAUGGACUCAAACUUAUAACACAGCCGAACCAUUUUCCUAGUGCUCAGUGCAGGUCCUUAUAGCUGGAAAGAAUUUUUACCUUGUUUACAUCAAAUCCAUUAUGUAUCCUUUCAGAGAAUGUGAAAUUUCUCUAUACCAUUAUCAUUAAUGCUAGUACUUUAUAAAAUAAAAUAAUUUAUAAAAUAAUUCCAAUAGUACGCCUUGUUGAAAUCACAUUUGAAUAUAAAAAGGUAGCUUGUAAUAAUAUUAGCUAGCAGCUAUUAGAUAGCAUGUCAUUAGCCAAGUGGCACUUUGCUAGAACUGUCACUGUGUUUUAAAUCCGUUCUUACAAUUGUAUAAAAUAAAAGUUAUAAAAACUACUAAAUAACUUACUGUAUUUUAAAAUUGCAGUGGAAACAUUACCGGUUGAUUUAUGUGUUUUUCAGAUACGAACAUGGACAUGCAAGGAAUCUGUUUAAGAUUUGCUUUUUGGAAAAUCCUAGUGUGUCCAAAUAAGAAAUGAAUACUAGUUUUACACUAUUUUACCUUUUCUACUACAUUACAGUAGUAGACCCUACUGGUGCAUCGGGCUAGUUUUAUUCAUUCAUUUGGCACCAUCAUCUAGAAAAGGGACUGGGGGGGAAGGGGCAGGGGUUGAUCCACUUCAAAACAACACUUACUCACCUCACACUUUUAAAUAAGAGGUUAUUAAGAGCUGGCAACUUAACAUCUACACACACAACUGUGCUGCCCACACUAGUUUUAGCAUUAAGCUAGACAAGACCUUAUCUUAAGCAGCAUGAUAAAAUGAUACCAGUGGUGAACUGACAAUGUUUAGUGGACUAGUGUUCCAUAAUUCUUUUAUUAAGCAUAAAGGAGGUAUUCAUAUAUUUAUUGUUUUUGCAGAGCCAGGCUGGCUUGUUACCAUUCUGCCAGUCACGUUAACAGACGUGGGGAAAAACCUGACUUGCCACUGAAAUUCUUCUAACCACUACCCCAUGCACCCUCUCCAUUUAUAGCACAGGAAAUGGGAUUUUUGUUUUCCAUUUCCUAUCAUUUCCGAAAAGCUAAACGUGCCUGUUUACUAUUGGGAAGUGUAGGCACCCAAUUACAACUUUGAUCUGAAUUUGUUAAUCUAAUAACCACCUUAUAUUAAACAUGAAAGAGUAUGCAUAAAAUGUUUCUGUAAACUCCCAGAGUCCACAGAUUUUUGAAAUGUAGACGUCAGAUUAAAGUAUUUUAAAGCAUUAACAUCUAGCAAUAGUUUUGAUAUUGAUUUUUUUUUUUAAACGAUUUAACUAAAGCGUCAAGGUCCUAUAAAAUCCUCACAUGGUCAGACUUUUCCCUGCAACAGUGUACACACAUACUUCUCGAUAUUACAUUGUCAAAUAUUGUAGCGAUGUGCUUCUGGUUUGAAUAUACUUUUUAUCCAUCAGUUUGUCCAUGUAUUAUUCAUUUCCACUAAAUAUCAGAAGGUGUUAAUACAGAAGUGUUGUACAUUGACAUACGUAACUAUAACUGUGAAUUUCAUCUCUUCAGCUACCUGAGACUUUUAUUUCUGAACAGAAUGCAGCAUUGCGUCAUUACCGCACUUUACAAUGUCACUUUUUGUGAUGUCACUACAAUCUGGCUUCCUGUGCAGGUUCUGCUUUAAAAUGAAAGAGUCUGUCUGUGUCCACUACAGUGGAGAUACGAUGCGUUUAGGGAGAAUAAAGCACAAGGAGGUGAACUCAGACCUUUAUCAAACAUAUCUAACCAUGUCUUCUGAACAUUAGAGCAAAAAUGCAUCAAAAAUUGUAGUUAUGUCAGCUGUGUAUCUUAAAUUGUUCAAUUUCAAAUGAAAAAAAUAAAGUUUAUUUUAAAGAUCA